AGUUGCUUUUUAUUGAGUAUGACACUGUUUCUACAAUAUCAAAUCUGAAAAGCUGAACAAUCUUUGCUUUGUUUCAGACUUUGUACUGUGGUUAUUUGUAUAUUCAAAACACACAUUAAUAAAUAUCAAAUACAUUUUAUCUGCACAAAUGAUUUUGUUUGUGACCCGAAAGCUGACCCGAUGAAUUGGAGCUACCCACUUCCAUUCAACUAACCAAUAGUCUCUCGAUCAACAUUGAAAUAAAUAACAGCACGCGAAUUGAAGAAAAAUCUCAACUUGAAACAAGAUCAAGAAAGCUUGUCUUAACAACAUAUCACAAAAACUACCAAAACAAAGAUAGAAAGAGAGAGUUGUGACCUCGUCAUAAGGAGGACGAUCAGCUAAACCAGGGGGAGGAGGGUGAUGAUGAUGUACAGGAGGGGGAUGUGGUGGAGGAGCUGAUGAUACUGCCGACGGAGGAGGCGGAGCUCCUGUAGGCGGUCACUGCUGGUGGUAAGGGUGGAUUCCGGCGUGGACACUCUUAGAGGGAGAGAAACUCUACUGCUAUUAUAUUAUUAUAGAAGAUUUUAGUAGUUGACAAUAAUAUCAAAAGGGCGUUUGGUCUAAAUAAAAGUUUUAGGUUUAGGCCCAUAUACAUAUACAAAUACAGUGAGAGGAUAUGCAACCCUAAACUUAAAAGAUAUUCUUCUUUCCUCCCACCUCUUUCCUCUUUCUUCUUUUCUUUUUCUUCUUUCUUCUUUUUUCUUUGGACGCCGCAACAUACGAUCUCUCUAUGGAAACAGCAAACACAAACACAGGCAUUUUCUGGUAUGUGGAUGAUUGUCCAAUACCAGAAGGUCUCAGUGUUUUGAAGGUGUCACAGAACAUGAAAUUGGCUCUGUCAAAGUUGAAUUAUAGUGGUAAGGUGUUUAUCCAUGCUUAUGGUGAUUCUCAAAAAAUCUUGGAAGACAUAAACAACCCAUCAGGAGACGAAACUCUAGACUUUGGCAAAGCAUCCAUCAGUGCUACUAAGCCAGCACUGGUUGUCAAAGAUACACCCGGUAAUUUUGAUUACCAUGGUACCGCAUCCAUUUAUUCUCCAGAUGAUGAAUCAACACCUCUACUUAUGCUCCAUCACUCAUCAGGAGAUAAAGAUGGGAUGCUUGGGAGGAUUUUAGUGGACUUUAUGAUAUGGGCAAUUGAUAAUCCUGCACCAGCAAAUAUUAUACUAGUCUUGGGAAGCAACAUGUCAAGACGUCAGAAGGAGUUCGAAAAUGCUCUUCUCCAAGUUAAUAUGCUACGUUACAACAUCCAUUUUGCGUAUCCUCAAAACGCAACAUGCCCCUCUCUUCCUUCUGUUCAUAUCAAAUGGCUUUUGGGAAAGUCUAUCAAGUGGAGGUAACCCUGAGGAGGAGGAGGAGGAGGAGGAAGAGGAGGAAGAGGAGGAAGAGGAGGAGGAGAAGAAUGAGGAUUAGUUUAUUUAGUCUUGUUUGAGUGUAAUAUCUCAGUUUACUCAGCCUUGUUUUUUUAUAUGUGAUGAAAUGAUGAAACUGCCAACUUGCUUGAAAAACCUGUCUUCGUCCAUUAUAAUCAUCACAAGAAACAUGUCUUGGUCCAUUAUAAUAUAAAAUCUUAAUAUACAUUA